CGCAGACUCCGUUGUGUACGGAGCGCACGUGCGUCAGUGAUUUCCGUGUGAUGCGUUUGCGCUUUGGUGCAGUGAUUGUUGACUAUUGGAUUAUUGUCUAUCGAUAUUUAUGGGUUUUCAGCACUACUUGUCAUAUAGCCCAACAGUGAAUAGCUAGUGAAUAUCCAAACCAAGUUAAUAUCUGAACCAAGUGAAUAUCCGAACCAAGGAAAUCCAAACCACGUGAAUAUUCUAUCAGAACCAAGUGAAUAUCCUGACCAAGUGAACAUUAAAUCAAGUGAAUAUCCGGAUGACGAAGUGACGUGUGUGCCAGUGACAGUGUUCACCAGAUCCGGAAUGUUCCAGCUGAGGGGAAGUGAUUGUCACGUGUCACCGAAUCAGCUGAUUCCAUGACUAUACUGUUUGCUGAUAUGAAGUUCACCUCUAGCAGCCGAAGGGAGUCUUACUCUCUUGCAAGGAGAAGGAGACAAGGCACGGAGGGCCAGCUAUAUAGAACACCCGCCACCCAACCCGACACUGGCCAGUCGGAUAAGUUCAAGAACACCGGUCAAGACCAUCUGUUCGAGCUGCUAGAGCGAGUACAGAGCAGUCGACUGGACGACCAAAGAUGCGUACUUCCGGCGUACUUCAACCAGGGUGUACGGCAGGAGUCAUGUCCCCCCGCCACGUCGGCCUCGCAGGACUUGCUGGAGGACGCGCUGCGAGGCUCGGCCCCCUACCCCAUGGUGUUGCUGCCCCCCGGUGGAGGCUACUGGGUGGACGGCCACGAACACACCCCCAUCCCUACCACACCCACCCCUCACGCCUGGAGGACCAAGUUCGAGAUGGACGACACGGCCCGGUGUUACCGCAGGAACUUCCUUGGCAAGGAACACCUGAACUUUGUCGGGUCUGAUGAGAACCUCGGGCCGUUGCUGUUGUCCGUCAAAAAUGAGACGAUCGCGUCCCAGGAACACACGAGGCUGCUGCUCAGGCUACAGAGUGGGACUAUGCAUGAACUCAUGCCGUCCUCAGUGGCCACCACGGCUCCUCAUAACAUGGUCAAGCUGUUGAACGAGCAACUGACAGUCUCAAGCCUGCAGCCCAUUUUGUGUCCCCGAGCCUCCGAGCUCAUCGCAGACUACGACGAACAUGUUCUCGUGUCCAACUUCAAGUUUGGAGUCCUUUACCAACGCUUCGGCCAGACCAGUGAAGAGCAGCUCUUCUCAAAUAAACACGCAAGUCCUGCGUUCGAGGAGUUUCUUAAUCUCCUAGGACAGAGGAUACAGCUCAAAGAUCACAAAGGUUACCGUGGAGGCUUAGACACACAGUAUGGCCAGACGGGAGAUGAAGCCAUCUACCAAAACUUCAAAGGCAGGCAGAUCAUCUUCCAUGUGUCCACCAUGUUGCCGUACACAGACAAUGACCCCCAGCAGUUGCAAAGGAAAAGGCAUAUUGGCAACGACAUAGUGGCCAUUGUGUUUCAAGAGGCCAAUACUCCGUUCUCCCCUGAUAUGAUAGCCUCACACUUCCUCCACGCAUACAUCGUAGUACAAGUCCUAGAACCAAAUAGCCCCAAUACCAGGUACAAAGUGAGUGUGACGGCUCGAGACGAUGUUCCUUUCUUUGGUCCCACGUUACCCAGCCCGGCCGUGUUCCGCAAGGGCGCUGAGUUCCAAGAGUUUCUUCUUACUAAACUUAUCAAUGCAGAGAAUGCCUGCUACAAAGCGCACAAGUUCGCCAAGCUGGAGCUGCGAACAAGAUCGUCGUUGCUCAUGACGUUGUGUGAAGACCUCAAGGAGAAGACGAGAGAGUUUCUGGGCUCAGAGGGAACUGAACCUCCGGACACGCCCAAGUCCGAGGGUCCGGGAACGAGGUUUAUUGACACUGUUCGGAAAGCUCUCAUUGCACGAGUACGCAAUCCCAACAUGGCCACUGAGAACAACAACAACAACAACGCCAAGAAGACACCCGUCGGCAGCGUGCCCGACACACCUACUCCUGUGAGCGGAAGAUCGUUAUCGAAAGGAAGCAGCGGAGGAAAGAAAAGUUCGCCCUCCUCCCCCGUCUCCAGUCCAGAUAUACAUUCACACAGAACUUUAAGGGUUUCAGAAAGCGACUCAUCCUCACUUAACAGUGUGGAACUAGAUGCUGCGGUGUACGCAGACAGUGACACUGGGUUGGAGAGUAUGUCGUCUGCCGAGACUCCCAACAAGGUGUGCUCGCUGUGUCUGGAGAGUGGGGAAGGCAAAGCCGCCGACUCACUGCGCCAAGAAGUCACACGGCUCAAGUGCGACAAGCUAGACUUACUACGUCAGAAUGUGGCUGGCCAGAGAGAAGUUAAGCGGCUAAGAGAAAAGGAACUUGCUCUUCAGUCCGAGUUGGCAAAUGCUUCAAAAGAGAUUUUGAGGCUACGAGAACUACUUAAAGAUUACACAACAGCUAGUAGUGAAGGAUCAGCUGUGUGAAACCAUAUUGUUGGAAUCAGCUAUAACAUCUGUUUGAAACUUACCAUCUCCGAUUAUUUAUGGCUAAAAGAACAAAACACUCUUGUUCUGGAUUAGACAGUCGUUAAAUUAUUACGGCCUUUGAAACGAAUCGAAAGGGCAAAUAAGUGUAUGAACUGGAAUAAUUAAUUAUGAAAAAUUAAGGGAUAAAUGUUUCUUACUCUAAGAAAAUAACUGGAUUGCUCUUUUCCCAGGCUUUUAGUUUUACUUCCCAACCCUAUCUUUUGGAAAAGAGUAUUUUUGUAGAGAUUUUGUAUUGUGGUGCCUGAUUUUUAAAUCCAUUUCAAACUAUUUUUUUAUCCAUUUCAAACUAUUUUUUUAUUUUUUUCUGUUUUACUGAUGAUUUGAGCAAUCCUCUUAUUUCUUUUUUUAUUGAUCAAUAUGGCUCUUUGUUUUCAAUGUUUAGCAUGAUAUAAAUGUCACAAUUUUAAAUUAAUCUAUGAACUUCUAAGCUGUAAAAUUUCAGGAAAUACUUUAUUAACAGUACUUGUUAAAUUUGUAUUUGAUUACAAAACCUACACAGUAUUGAAACUAAGAAACUACUGUAUUUAUUUUGCAUUUAUAGUAUAUAUUACCUGGCUAUGCAAUACUUUCUCUGACAAACCGAAUCACAAUACAAUUUGUCUUUAUAAAAACGUUUUUGUUUCGUGAUUCACAAUUUUUUGAGUUGUAUUAAAAUGUUAACACUUUGGUAAAGUAUUACUGUAUACUACCAACUAACUAAAAGAUUGAAUAUGUCAAUUGCUUACUCAGUACUAUUGUCUGUAACACCAAUUCGUGUACGCAGAGUAUUAUGAUGUAUUGGUUAUCGUCAAUGUUUUGGUGUUCGGUGUUACAUUGUAUGUAAAGGUAGUUUCACCUCUUUUAGAUUCUAUCAAUUGCAUCACAUCUAAGGAAACCUUUUCAUAGAGAAGUAACCUCACAGCAACAAAUUCGGAAAUAUGUGCGGGUUUGGGAAAGAAAAGCUAGUUACUAACUAAUUGUUAAUAUUAUCCUGUUUCUUGAUUAGUGAUCUGAUUUAAAACAAACUUUUGGUUUCAACUAGCUUUUUUAUGCAAUGUGAAACAAAAAAAUGUACGUCAAACAUCAUUCAGGAAAGCAAUGUUGAAUUGGACCAUCUGUUUGUGAUGGUACUUAAAUAUUUUGCACUUUUUAUAAAUGUGUUAUAGAAAAUUUGGUUGUAAAACAUAUUAUUUUUACUAUAAUUUUGAGUUAUUAUUCAAGAAUCAAACUUGACUUAAAAACCACUUUUCAAGCUCAAAAGUGAUUACUGUUUUGCUUUUAUGUAUGUACUUGUAUAAUGCUGUUGUUUUAACAUGUUAAAAAUAAUAUUAUAUAUAAUAGUUAAAAACAUAAAAUGAUAUAGAAUAUUUUUAUUAUAUAUUUAUAAAGUUAUCAAAAUUUUCCUUUCCGAACAGACUUGACAUAGCUUUAUCUUUACAUUGAAAGUCUUGUAGCAGGAUAUAAUCAAUUCCAUAUUUCACAAUAAAUACCUAUUACUUUUACUUAAAUAAAAAACCUAUAAAAUCUCUAAGGUUGUACAUUCCAAUUGUUUGCAUGUUUUUUCUUCUUUUUGUUUUGUGUGAAUUUGUACAGUUUUUGUUUAUUAAUUAACAUGUUUGGUGAGUUAUUUUUGUGGGUUGUGUAUAAAGUUGUAAGAUAGUGGAGUACAGACAAUCUCAGAAUCACCGUGUAUAUUAUAAGCACAUACCAAAGCUAACAUUCCAGACUUCUGGAACUUAUUAUUUAUUGAGCUUUCUCUAAUGUACAUAACUACUCCUAAGAUUUAUAUAUUUUUAGACGUUAAAUUGUGAGUGAUACAAACAGGUCUAGAGAUAGUUACGAGAUGUUGAAAUGAAUCUAUUUUCUCAGAAGUUAAUCAUUAGUUAGUCUAGUUAGUGUUGAAACUAUUUAUUCAUUGUUGUUUUACGUCACCAAUGCAGUAUUGUUUGUAUUAGAGUUUGAAGCCUGAACGUAAUUAUGUUUUUGUAUUGGCAAAGAUAUGUUUCCCCAACAUCACCUUGUUAUGCUAAGCUAGUGAUGUUCUGAAAGAUAAAAAAAAAUAUUCUUGAUGAACUAAAAAUAACUAUAAAUCGCCAAGAUUAUUAAUAUUUAGUCACAAAGGUUUACUAUUUUUUUUUUUUUUCGAAUCUUGUCAAAAAUUAAGACGGCCCAAAAAUAAUUUAUUACAGUAAGGAAAAAAUUGUUCUUUUUUUAAAUUAGGCAUAAGGUGAUAUGUUGAAAGAAAUAAAUUAUUGAAUUUUUACAAGUAAUCAGAUUUGUUUGCCUUUUUUGUAUCAUAAUUCAAUUCAUGUUACUUGAUGACAUCACUAGUAUUACCUCCUAAUUUUUCUACAUCACACAAGUUUAUAAAUUGUAUUUUUACCCUUGUACAAUGUACAUCUGAGCAGGUGCUAGAAACAUUUAUUGUAAACUGUUUCUCUCGUUAGUGCAAUCGCAACCACUAUAAACUGACUAGAUUAGUUGGCACAUUGUAUUGUACAUACAAAUAAAUUACAGUGU